AUGAUGACGACGUGCCGUCUGCUGUGCGCCCUGUUGGUGCUUGCCCUGUGCUGCUGCCCGUCCGUGUGCGUGGCAGACACUGAUCUUGCUGAAUCUAAUGGAAUUGUCACCAGUCGAGCGAUUGGUACACCGGAAUUAACUCUUCAGGGGUCCAGUCCUCCAGAGUUGCCCUCAACAGAAACCAGGCCGGCUGCGAAAUUGGGAGAAGAUGACGGAGCGGGACAGAGUGCGACCGGUACUUUACAGGCAGCUGAUAACGAUGGUACGACAGGGUCACAAGGUAGCGCGGGACAACCCGCGGAUCAAGCAAAUGGGAAUGCCGAAGGUGGUGUUGACACGACCACUACGACCAUCACAACACAUGCAGCAGAUGAUGAAGAGAAGGCUACGCCUGAUGCUGAAGCUCAUAAAAAAGUUACUAGUUCAUUGCUCCCUGCACCAGAGAACAGUCGGCCUGAGGCUGCUGAAGAGUCAGCCACUGAGCCGGCCCCGGGAAACAUUUUGCCAGAGACGCCACGUUUAACCGUUCCGGGACCAAAAGUAAACACCGAGUACAAUACGGUACAGAAAACGGGUACGAACGGUACUGCAGGACAAGAAAGUGGCACGAGUACAUCCACAGAACAAGCAAAUAAGGAAACCGAAGAUGCGGCACCGAAAACAACGACAAAAACUAAGACGAAGGCAACAACCACCACGACCACGACCACAACAAAGGCACCAACAACGACCACCACCACUGCGCCAGAGGCACCAAGUACUACGACUACAGAGGCGCCAGCUGUGUCGACCACCCGCGCACCGUCACGUCUUCGCGAAAUCGACGGCAGCCUCAGUAGCUCUGCGUGGGUGUGUGCCCCGCUGGUGCUCGCCGCAUCCGCGCUGGCGUACACCACUCUGGGCUGA